AAUCACUCCAAUCCACCUACCAAGAGCACGGCACUUUUCCAACUUCAACUCCACGAAUUGGAAUCAAAAUAAAAAGCAAUGGGCUAUACUGCAGCUUUUAUUCAAUGGGGAAUUUUAUUAGGAGGAUCUUAUUACCUCUACCAAAAGAUCACUGAGAAAUCUAAAAAGCCAUCUAAUGGAAAGAAUGAAUUGAAGUCCCGUAAGAAUGCUAAAGUCAAUAAAAAGAAAAAGAAGACCUCCAAGAUUACUUCGAAAGAAGAAGAGUUGGUAAAGGCUGACGAAAGUCAAAAGAAGGUUGAUCUUGAAAAGCCAACCAGUUUGCCAUCAGAAAGAGUGAAAACGGAAUCUAAAAAGCCGACUAAAACUGCUUAUAAUGGUGGAAAGAAAGAAGAAACCCUUUCUAGUCCUCCGCGCAAACAUCAAAUUGCUAAAGGAAAAGGGAAUGCUUCGAAGAAUGAUGAUCUUCAGAAUGACCAGAACAUCAGCUCUACUCCGGUAGUUUCAGCGAACCCGGUAAAACAAAAUGAACAUCCGGAAAAUUUUGAUAAUUCAUAUUCCGAUACACCAAAAUCAAAGGAAAAUGUAAAGGUGUUGCAAAUCCGCUCUUCGGAUUCUUGGAAUAAUGAUGAUGAUUUUGAUGAUGGCUUUCAAGUCGUCUCUAAAUCUAAAAAUGGAAGAAAGUCGAUAUCGACUUCAGUGCCCCAGACGAAAAAGCAACGUCAAAAUCAACAACGAAAAGAAAAAUUUAGAGAGUUGCAAGAAAUCGCUGAUCUUGAGCAGCGAAAAAAAUUAGCAGCCCACAGAAACGAAUUAGAAAUGAAUAUGAAACGGUCCAAAGUAGCUAGUCCAAACAGGUUUUCUCCCUCUUCCUUCGUAGCAGUUGGCCAAGCUGGUUCCUCUUCCAGCGCUCCGAGAUACGAUACACUCUGGUGAAUAUCCUUCUCCUUGCUACCCAUGAGAUUUAUAAUAGAUUAAUGAUCUUAUAAUGUAAUUUUUCUCAGUUGUGAUCAAUUUGGACUAGAAGCUUAUGAACGUUCGUCUGAUUGUACUAAUUCUGCAUAGACUUAAUUUUUAGAAACUGAGAUUUU